CCUGUGAUGGAUUCUGUCCAAGCACUGAGUUUUCUAUUGCUCGUUCUGCUGCCCUUGAGGAAUUGCUCAGAGACAAACAAGCAGAAAAAAGACACAGCCUUUGAAAUCUAUAAGAAGCUUUUUGAGGUGAAGAGGAAGGAUCAGAUCAAUGCCCUCAAUAACCUCAUUGAACUAAAUGAUGUCAACCAGCAGUACAAGAUUAUUGACAUAAUGCUAAAGGGUCUUUUCAAGGUGCUGGAGGACUCCCGAGCUGUUCUCAUUGCAGCAGGAGUACAGCCUGAUGGUCCAUUCCCUGUAGACGAGAAGAUUAAAGAUGCCUAUUCACACACGGUGGAGAAUUCCGCAUUCUUUGGUGAUGUUGUACUACGUUUUCCCAAGAUCGUUCAUCAUUAUUUUGAUCGAAAUUCCAACUGGAACAACCUAAUUCGAUGGGGUAUUGGCUUUUGUAACCUAAGUGGCAUUUUUGACGAUGGUCCACAUUCCCAGCUUCUUGGCCUGAUGUCUCAAGAGUUGGGCAUCAGUGAAAAGUCCCCUGAUUAUCGAAAUCCCUUUAGGACUGAAAAUAUGGAAUUUUUACCCAAUACAGAUGCCUUUCAGAAAGCACUGAAAGAAGAGGAGAAACGAAGACGUAAGGAAGAGAAACGGAAAGAAAUCAGGAAAGGUCCUCGAAUAACGCGCUCUCGGUCAGAAUUAUAACGCUGAGCGAGGGAAAUUGUGUGCGUACAGUGGAGAAAGCCUUAUAGAACAAUACAUGUGCCAACAUCAGUCCUGUCUGACCCUGGAUAUCGAAAACCAAGUAGAUUUGACCACAAGUUCUUUGCCAGAGCUGAUCAAUCAAUAUUUCUAUCCAUUAUCGGCAAGGCUUAUUGUCUCACUCACAAGAUAAUUUGCCCUGUAAAAUAAUUGAGUUGUUUCUAAGAAUGUUAGAAAAGAGCCAUGUCAGUCACUUUAACAUUAGUUUCUAUGAAGGUCGGGUAUUGUACUUGUGAGGCCACACACCAUCCAUUUUCGCUGGUUUUAUUGUGAAACUUUUGGCCUAAAUGCAACAAAACUGCUAUAUGUGGACUCGCCCAUAGUGUGUAGUCGCAUUUUGAAUCGUGGUUUUGCCAUAAUUUGGAGCAAAAUGCAUCUGUUUUCGGAAACUGCACAUUUUUUACCAUGACCACAAUAAAAUUGCAACAUGUGAA